AUGUUACAACCUCUAAACCUGGGCCUUCCAACGGCUCUCAUUCUCAUCGACAACCAAGCAGGCUUCUGCUCUCCAGAAACAGUUUCUUACUGGGGAACCACCCGCUCCAAUCCACUGUAUGAAGCCAAUUUCCAGGCUCUCCUAUCUGCCUUUCGAACGGCACGAUCAUCUUCAUCCACUCUGCUGGAAGUGAUUCAUGUUUUCCAUUCCUCUGUGACACCUGGUAGCCCGUUCCACCCUUCUCAUCCUCAUAACGGGAUCCGUCCGUUGGACUUUGCCACGCCCGCCUCCGACGGCUCGGAGCCUGUCUUCUGGAAAUCUGUCAACUCUUCUUUCAUUGGAACCAAUCUUGAAGGUUAUCUGCGGGAGAAAGAGAUUCGGCAGAUUAUUGUUGCUGGGUUGACGACUGAUCAUUGCGUCUCGACAACUGUGCGCAUGGCUGCGAAUCUGGGUGUUGUGGAUCGCUUCCUGGAUGGGGGAUCUGUGAAGAUUAAGGCUGAUGGCACCCAUGUUGAGGAUAUGCGUGUUGAGAAGGGACGGAUUGUUCUUGUAUCAGAUGCCACCGCGACUUUUGGUAAAGGUGGGUUUGAUUCCGAAACCAUACACAGGGUUACUGUUGCCAGUCUUGAUGAGGAAUUCUGUGACGUUCUAAGAACUGAGGAUGUUGUCAAGGCUUUACAGGUUUAA